AUGUCCCGCGCCUCCGCCUCCUCCGCCAAAGCGCUCCAAGCGAUCCUUCCCCUAGUAGAAUCAGGCCAGCCGUACGAAGCGCACCAGAAAGCGCGCACCUUCGCCUCUCGAUACCAGAAAUCGAACCAGUUCGACACGGCGAUUGAUGUGCUGUUCCAGUCUGCGCGCGAGUUACUCAAAGUAGGGCAGAAGGGGAGCGGGACGGAUUUGGCGCUGUUUUUGUUGGAUGUUUAUGAGCGGAAGCCGGAGAAGGUUACUGAGGAGAGUAGAGGGAGGAUCACGCAGCUUAUUGCGCUUGUGGGCAGCGAGCAGACGUGGAGGAAGAGCAUAAUCGACAAGGCUGUCGCAUGGUCGAUCAAACACGGCGCGCACCCCGCAGGCGAUCCGGCUCUACACCAUUACAUCGGCGAAGUUCUGUACAAGGACGGAGCACUGGACACGGCCGAAGUGCACUUCCUCAACUCUGGCUCUCGCGAUAGCGCACGUGCUCUGGCCCGGCUGUAUGUCGACUGGGCGAAGCAAACAGAGACGUUGGCCGAGGCGGCCGAGACGUUUGCUCUGCGCGGUACCUUACCGUACCUAACGAACGGCAACAUCCUCGCAGCCCGCGCCUUCAUCUCGACCUACAUCUCCCUUCUCCCGCUCGACCAGCCACCCUUCGCAUCGACCACGACCCAAUCCACACCCUUGACGAUCACAGCCAAAGGCGAAUCGUCUGGCGAAGACGAUGUGGUGCUCACUGGUCUGAGCGUGUUGAACUUCGCUCAACUCGCGGUGCGCGUAUGUCAGCGUGCGGAGGGAGAUAGGAAUAAGACUAUGCGCGAGACUUGGGUCAGGCUUUGUGGGACGUAUCAGAGUCGAGGAGGGUUGUUGGCGUCUAAGGAAGUUCGCGCCGUUCUGAACGAGCUCGCGACGGCAUACUUCAACAUCCCGCCUCCACGACAACAGAACGCGAACCCGCUGGGCGACAUGCUCGCCGGUAUGUUCGGCGGUGCACCCGGUGCGGCCGCACCGCAGAGGAGGGCGAUCACGCCGAAUGCUGGUAUGGGCUUGGACUGA